UUACAAACCCAUCAUCACACAAAAUGCUACUUAGGAAAAGUACCACAGGAACAAGCCUGGAAGCCAUUUUCAUAACCUUGAGAUUGCAUGUUUCAAGGUCAUGCCAAAGAAAAAGAGGCGUGAGGCAAAAUUUUAGGUCUCUAGAAACAAAAUCAUCAGGGCAAAGAGAAUACAUUUAAGGCAAUUAAUAAAAUAAAUGGAAUGAUUAAUUAUUUUGUAAAUAUAGGGAUUUGGUCAUUGCCAAGGAAGUAGUUUUCUAAUGCGUUGCCCAUUUUAAUCACAUCAUCGAUGGCGAGUUAAGUUAUGAUGCAGUAUUUUAUAUUCUCAAUAAUUUGUCUUCCUGGGAUUGCUUAUGGAAGCUUCUUCCAGAUUGACUACCCCAAUGUAAAUGUAUCGGCAGAGCCCGGGGGAGAUCUCACAUUUGAGGCAGGAGUGGGUGGUAAUGUUAUUCUAAAACCAGGGUCUGGAGGAACCGUGAUCAUUGGUGGAACAGAUCUCCGAAAAUUUAUAGAGAAAGUUAAAAGUCUUCCCCCGAUAUGGACGAAACAAUCGGUCCAUGGAUCACUGGGAGCGUUCACUUCCGGAACAAAAAUAGCUGUGUCUGUGGAGGCUGUGGAUCCAGAUGGUGGUAACAUACAGUAUAAAGUAAUUUCCGGUCAUCUUCCACCCGGAACAUCUCUGAAUUCUACCACUGGUGUCAUCAGUGGCACAGCACCGGAUAUAGAUGCGUCAUACACAUUCGGAAUUCGUGCCACAGAUCGUCAUGGAAAAUACGCGGACGGAACAUUCUCUAUCGACAUCAGAGAAAAAGAUCAAUGCAGCAGCAAUCCAUGUCAAAAUGGUGGCACGUGCUCAGAUGACUUCGGAAAUUAUAUGUGCGCAUGCUCAUCUGAUUAUGGUGGCAAACGUUGUGAACUACGCUGUGAUACAAACGCUUUUGGUGUAGACUUCUCCAAAAAGACGAUCCCAGACGCCCAAAUGUCAGCACACUACACUUUCUCCAACCAUUUCGCCUCUAAUGGUCGACUUCACAGUAGAGACGGGUGGAUCGGAGAGACCUCUAACUCAUGGUUACAGGUUGACCUGGGACAAGUUCGUGUCGUCUACUCCAUAGCAACACAAGGAUAUCGCUCCUCUACCUACUACACACUGUCCUACAAACUCCAGUAUAGCACAGAUGGAAACAACUUUCAUGACGUCAUCGGAAGUAAUGGAUCUCAAAAGGAAUUCUUCGGGAGCAGUACUUAUGAUACCGUAAUGAAGCACUACCUUCCAAGCAGAAUCAGUGCAAGGUUCAUCCGGUUUGUUCCUCUCACGUGGCACAAUGGCGGGAAACCAGGCCUUCGUGUUGAAGUUUAUGGGUGUUAA